AGAGUAAGAGACAGCCUCGUCUCCACCCAACAAAUUACACAGGGUAGUGGAGUUGGAUGGAGAUACGUGGUUCUCCAUCGCCAGACUAUUCUAGGGCUUUCUAAACUCAAACAAAUCCAAACACAUUCAUACAUACUACCAAAACCAUGUCUUUCUCUCACCUCUCUCAUCUUUCUCUCACCUCUUCCUUAUCCACUAUCGUUCCUACUCCUACUUUCUCUCACCCUCUUUUCUCGCUCCUCUCCUACCCAUCAUCAUCAUCCCCUAUUAUUAAGAACCAAAGCAGACCAAUUUCUCAUGGCACUGCUUCAAACCACUACUGCUAUUGCAGACCCAUCUCUUCCAUGUCGAUAGCCAAUGACGCUGUGUCUGGGGUUUCUAGGCUAUUCUCCUCUUCUUCUUCUUCCUCUAGCUUUCAUGGCGGAAGGGAGGACCGCGUUGGUGAUGGAUUCGAGACUGGAGGUGAAGAAGACGACGCUGAUGCCGAUACAGACGACGAAGAGGAAGAAGUAAUGGUAGAGAGAGAUGAUAGAGUUUUGCCUGAGAGAUGGGACGUUUUGGGUCUUGGCCAAGCUAUGGUAGAUUUUUCUGGCAUGGUUGAUGAUGAAUUCUUAGAGAGACUGGGAAUAGCAAAGGGAACAAGGAAGGUUGUUAAUCACGAGGAGAGAGGUAGAGUUUUGCGGGCAAUGGAUGGAUGCAGCUACAAGGCAGCUGCAGGUGGAUCUCUUUCUAACAGCCUGGUGGCAUUGGCAAGGCUUGGUGGUCAGGCCAUUGGAGGCCCUGCCUUGAAUGUAGCUAUGGCAGGCAGUGUUGGAAGCGAUCCAUUGGGUGGGUUCUACAGAUCGAAACUUUGUCGAGCAAAUGUGAAUUUUCUCUCUACGCCAGUCAAGGAUAGGACAACGGGAACAGUUAUAGUUCUCACAACUCCAGAUGCUCAGCGUACAAUGCUAGCAUAUCAGGGUACUUCUUCCACUGUUAACUACGAUCCCUGCUUGGCUAGCAUAAUUUCCAAAACAAAUAUAUUAGUUGUUGAAGGGUAUUUAUUCGAAUUUCCUGAUACGAUCAGAACAAUUACAAAGGCGUGCGAGGAUGCCCACAGGAGUGGUGCUCUGGUUGCUGUCACAGCUUCAGAUGUCUCCUGCAUCGAGAAACAUUAUGAUGACUUCUGGGAGAUUAUGGGGAACUAUGCCGACAUUGUGUUUACUAACAGUGACGAAGCAAAAGCUUUCUGUCAUUUUUCCUCAAAGGAAAGCCCCAUUUCUGCUGCACGGUACCUAAGCCACUUUGUUCCCCUAGUCUCGGUCACAGAUGGGCCACGUGGUUCUUACAUUGGUGUUAAAGGGGAAGCUGUGUAUAUCCCUCCUUCACCGUGUGUACCAGUGGACACCUGUGGGGCUGGAGAUGCGUAUGCAUCAGGCAUCUUGUAUGGUAUUUUACGGGGUGUGUCAGAUUUGAAAAGCAUGGGUACAUUAGCAGCUAGGGUUGCAGCUGUAGUUGUUGGGCAACAGGGUACCCGACUUAAAGUUCAAGAUGCUGUUGAGUUAGCGGAAUCAUUUGAAUUCCAUCUAGAUAGCUCCAGCAUUCAUUCGGAUGUGGGCUCUGAUCAAAUUUCUAGCUUGUAAUACAUAAUGCUGAUUUUGUAAUUGUUUCAUUAGACUGAAUUCAUUGCUUAUUGGCUUCGUAACUCUGAACAUUCAAUUUUAUUGUACAUUAUAUUAUAUAUACUGGCAAGGAAGAUGCCAAUAGUUGAUAAAAA